AAUAUUGAGUAGUUCUGAACGUGGUUAUGCUCAAAUUGAUAAGGAAGCAACUGCUAUUGUGUAUGCAAUAAGGUAUUUUCACCAAUUCUUGUAUGGUCGGGAAUUUAUUCUUAGGACAGACCAUAAGCCAUUAGUUAUGAUUUUUGGUCCUAAGAAAGGUAUUCCAGUUAUGGCGGCUAAUCGUUUACAGCGUUAUGCUAUUUUUUUAUCAGGGUAUAAUUAUGAAAUACAGUUUGUUAAGGGAACGGAUAAUGGUAAUGCGGACGCAUUGUCCAGGCUUUCAUUGGAAUUUACACAUAAUGUCAACAAUUCGGAGUUAGACAAUUAUUCUAUAAAUUUAAUUACUGAUAAUAUUAAAACUAUUUCAGACCUUGAUAUUUGUAUGGAAGUUAAGAAGCACCCAUUGCUUAGAGAAGUUUUUUUUAGAGUCUUUACAGGUAAAUGGGAUGAUUUGAAGGAAGUGUCAGAGGACAUGAAACCAUACUUUUAUCGUAGAAAUGAGUUCUCUAUUGAGAAAGGAUUUUUACUAUGGGGACAUCGCUUAGUAAUUCCUCCUAAAUAUAGAACUUCUUUAUUAGCAGAAUUGCAUAAUACACAUCUUGGGAUAGUUAAGAUGAAAAGCAUUGCGAGAUCUUAUUUGUGGUGGCCUGGAAUUGAUUCGGAUAUAGAGAGUAUUACCAAAGAAUGUAUGAGGUGUUUGGCGUACAGUGAAAACCCACCAAGAAGUAUUUUGCACAGUUGGCCUUACCCAGAUGGUCCAUCACAAAGGGUACACCUAGAUUUUUUAGGUCCAGUUAAUGGGAAAAUGUUUAUAGUUAUUAUUGAUGCUUUUUCAAAAUGGAUUUUUGUUAAGCAUAUGUUAAAUAUAACUUCCAGUUCUACAAUCAAGGUGUUAUGCGAAUACUUUGCUUAUUGUGGCGUUCCAGUCAAACUUGUUACAGAUAAUGGUUCAUCGUUGUGUUCUAAGGAAUUGGUAGAGUUCUUGAAAAAGAAUAGAGUUUUUCAUAUUACCACACCUCCUUACAACCCUUCGACUAAUGGUGCUGCCGAGAAUUUGGUACGCACGUUCAAAAAUUUUAUUAAAAAAUGUAAAAGUAACUCGGAUAUUGAAAUGGAUGUUUUUAAAUUCAUUUUGUCUUAUAACAGUACUAAACAUUGCUCCACGGGUGUUAGUCCUGCCGAACUACAUUUGGGUCGAUUGUUACCUACACCUUUUGACAGGUUGAAUUCUUUUGUUAAAUAUAACUAUAAUAAGAGCAUUAAUGCGGCUAAAACCAACUUCAGAGGUGGCAGAGAAAAAGUAUAUUUAAUUAAAGAUACUGUCAUGUGCAAAAAUUAUGGAACUGGGGAUUUGUGGGUACCUGGUAUAAUCCUUAAGAUACUAUCACCUGUUACAUACCUAGUGGAUGUGG